AUGGGCGUCUUCAACGCGCUAGUCAGCGGUUCCUUCUUGCCGUGGAAGCGAGGCAAUCGCGAGACCGACUACGAAACCGUCCUCUCUCAACUCGAAGGCGAGAUCCAAGAUGUCCAAUCUCGUCUUACCCAGAUCCGCAUUCGCGAGCGACGAGCUUCAGUGACACUCACACUGCAGGCUUUCCUGCUUUGGGCCAUCUAUACCUUCGUGUGCUGGUUCUUCGGGCUUCUCUCUCUACGCAGGUCACGCCAUUACGAUCCCCAGGCAGGAUGGAAGACUACCAGGAUGUUGGGCGUCUGGGUACCAGUCGUAGGCAGUCCCGUGCUCAUCAUUUCGACCCGGAGGAUCGUCCGAUGGUGGUACAGGAGGAUCGGCGCUGCGGAAGACAAGCACUUGAUCGAUCUCAAGAGGCAGAAGCGCGACAAGAUUGACGAGAUCAAGCGCGCUACCAAGUACGACCAUCUUCGCACGCUGCUCGAAAAGUACGACGAGGCUACACCCAAAGGUAGCCUGCCUGCUGCUGCUUCCACACCGCAAAAGGGAAAGCCGGGCUCCAAAGCAGGCUCCCCCGCUUCCAAGGAUGCUUCCACCUCCUCUCCUGCGUCCACCAGCAGCGGCCAUACUACUCCCCAUCGUCCCGGCCCUAACGUAGCCGCUGCACCCUCUGCACCCGCACCGACAACCCCAGAAGCGCAAGCACUUCAAGCACAGCGUAUGGCGCUCAUGCGACAACAAGGUAACGUCUUGCAACCGCCUCGGCCACUGCCUGCAGCCGCCAUGCUUCCCAUGCAAAAGACUUGGAUGGACAAGCUCGCCGACGCCAUCCUCGGCGCCGACCCUUCCGCAACAGGCCCGGAGCAAAAGUACGCAUUGAUCUGCGCCCAGUGUCAUACACACAACGGUCUAGCACUCAAGGAAGAGUUCAAUGAACUGCAGUACAUCUGCCCGCACUGCGGUCAUUUCAACUCUCGGCGUCCCAGCUCCGUGCCCGUCAGCUCGCCAUUCAACAACAGCGGCGCAACGGGCAUCCGUCCAAGAGUGUCAGACCAAGGCUCAAAUUUGGCGGUUGAAACACCUUCCAAGCCGAGCAAGACCGAGAGAGGCAGUCGACUCAAGCUGCGCGCGGAUGAGAGCGAUGGCGACGAGGAUGAAGACAGGCCUCCCGUUGCGACGCUCGAAGAAGAGUCCCAGGCAGGAGCCACACAGGGCGUUUCGAUCGACAGCAAAGUGCAAGACACCCAAGAGCAGAGGCUCAAAUCGUUGCGCUCGAGGAAAUCGCAUUCCAGCAAAACCGCAAACGACGGUAUGGAUCUCGACGAUGAAUGA